AUGCCCACACACUACGCAACCAAAGCAAUUAGCGUGAAUGAAACCUGGGGAAAGAGAUGUAAUCGUCUGCUAUUCGUCUCAACGCCAUCCAAUCAGACGACAGAUCUACCAAUAGUGACCUUCAACCUGAAGGAGUCGAGGUCAAUUCUGACCAAUAAAACCAUGCUCGCAUUUGAAUAUGUCUAUAAGAACCAUUUCGACGAGGCUGAUUGGUUCAUUAAAGCGGAUGAUGAUACCUAUGUCAUAAUGGAAAACCUGCGCCAUCUUUUAAAGGACACCGAUCCGGAGAAAAGGAUUCAUUUUGGCCAUCAGUUCAAGGAGAAGAACGACACUUGGUUCAGCGGUGGAUCGGGGUAUGUUCUUAGCAAAGCCGCGCUGCGGCGCUACGUGACUCUCGGGCGGAAUAACAACACGCUGUGCCCGUGGAUAUACUCGGAGGACUACUACAUGGGCUACUGCAUGGCUGCUUUGGGCGUUACCAACGGCAACACAGGAGAUAAAAGCAGAAAACCGAGUUUUCUUCCUCUCGGUUUCGGGACACACCUGUCCAACAUAGCUGCAGUCGACUGGUAUAAAAGAAUUUCAACGUCUGCCAUAGAAAAUGGCGACAACUGCUGCCACAAAUACUUGAUUUCUAUCCACUACGUGUCGCCAUUAGAGAUGCAUAAAUUGGAUUGGUUGAUUUAUCAUUUAAGACUGCAUCGUCCCUCCUCCCGGCGUCGCGGAGACAGGGAUUUCCUAAAUCUUUGA